AUGAUGACAGGUGAUUUCCGUACAGAAGCUAAAGAGUUGGAUCAGUGGAUAGAGCAGUUGUACGAAUGUAAUCAGUUGACAGAAGCUCAAGUCAAGUCCCUCUGCGAGAAGGCUAAGGAUAUUCUGACUAAAGAGUCCAAUGUCCAGAAUGUCAGAAGUCCAGUCACCGUAUGUGGCGAUGUACAUGGGCAGUUCCACGACAUGAUGGAAUUAUUUCGCAUUGGAGGGAAAUCUCCGAAUACCAACUAUUUAUUCAUGGGUGAUUACGUAGAUCGUGGGUACUACUCCGUCGAAACUGUCACCUUACUAGUCGCUUUGAAGGUCAGGUUUAAAGAUCGAAUAACUAUUCUUCGUGGAAACCAUGAAAGUCGUCAAAUCACCCAGGUUUACGGAUUCUAUGAUGAGUGCCUACGUAAAUAUGGCAACGCUAAUGUCUGGAAGUACUUUACUGAUUUGUUUGAUUAUCUUCCUCUCACGGCUCUUGUUGAUAACUCAAUAUUUUGUCUGCAUGGUGGUUUGUCACCAUCGAUCGAUACUCUUGACCACAUAAGAGCCUUGGACAGAAUUCAAGAAGUUCCUCAUGAGGGUCCAAUGUGUGACUUGCUCUGGUCUGAUCCGGAUGAUCGAGGUGGUUGGGGUAUCAGUCCACGGGGUGCAGGUUAUACAUUUGGACAGGAUAUUUCGGAGACGUUCAAUCAUAGCAAUAAUUUGACGCUGGUUAGUCGAGCACAUCAACUAGUUAUGGAAGGUUUUAACUGGUGUCAUGAUCGAAAUGUUGUCACUAUCUUCAGUGCUCCAAACUAUUGUUACCGUUGUGGUAAUCAAGCAGCUUUGAUGGAGCUUGAUGAUAAUCUGAAAUACAAUUUUUUGCAGUUCGAUCCCGCUCCACGUAGAGGUGAACCACAUGUAUCAAGACGUACACCGGACUAUUUCUUAUAA